CAUUCGUAUAAUUUUUCAAAGAAAAUCGAAUAAAUAAAUAUAUUAAUUCCCUGAAUUAAUCCAAUUGUCCUGCGACGUCGUUUAAGAAACACCAUUAUCCAAUCAUAAAUCUCACCUGGAAUUCAGCACCAUCAAGUAACUUAUCUCAAUCAUUCCUGAAGUUUCACUCCAAGCUUUUUGCUCAUUCACUUGAGUUGAGUUGAGUUUACUUCCUUCCAUCAUUUCACUUGCUAAAUUUAUCAAACCCCUUUCUUUAAUUUUGCUUCUCAACCAAACCCAGGAUACAAAAUUCAGUUCCUUCAACCCCAAGCACAUCUCUUUUUUGCUUUAGAUCCAAACCAAAGCCUCCACAUCCCAAGAAACAAGGAGAGUUCUACGUAACACUUCAACGUUAAAGAAUGGCAGCAGCGAAGAUGGGUUCGUUCAAGCGCAGCUUCCAAGAGAAAAAAGAGAGGCUUCUCUCCACCAACAAGCGCUAUUCCGAGGUGAGUUUCUUCCCAAUCGAGGAACUAGAGCCGUAUGGCUCUUCUUCUUCUUCUUCUUCGCGUUGGUGUUGCAGUUUCCGGUCGGUUUCCGAUAAGGUUGCGGGGUGGUGCCGGACUGUGCAAGGCGUUUCUCGGCGGGCUAUUAAAAUGGGCCAGUCUGAUCCCAGAAAGAUCGUCUUCUCCGCGAAGAUGGGUCUGGCUCUGAUGCUCAUUUCUUUGCUGAUUUUCCUCAAAGAGCCCUUCAAGCAGCUCAGUCGAUACUCGGUUUGGGCCAUUCUCACUGUUGUGGUCGUGUUUGAAUUUAGCAUAGGAGCUACUUUGAGCAAAGGAUUUAACCGUGGCUUGGGGACAUUGUCUGCUGGAGGCCUUGCAUUGGGUAUGGCAGAGUUAUCGGGGUUAGCUGGAGAGUGGGAAGAAGCUGUUAUUGUUGCCAGUAUCUUUAUCAUAGGAUUUAUUGCAACUUACGCAAAACUAUACCCGACGAUGAAGCCUUAUGAGUACGGAUUUCGGGUGUUCUUGUUGACGUAUUGUUUCAUCAUGGUAUCUGGGUAUAGGACGAGGGAAUUUGUCCAUACGGCUGUGUCACGAUUCUUGCUCAUUGCAUUGGGUGCUGGUGUUGGUUUGGGAGUAAAUAUAUUGAUAUAUCCCAUCUGGGCUGGUGAGGAUCUACACAAGUUGGUGGCAAAAAAUUUCAUGGGCGUUGCAAAAUCUUUGGAAGGUUGCGUCAGUACUUACCUCAACUGUAUUGAAUAUGAGAGGAUCCCUUCCAAAAUUCUUACCUACCAAGCUUCUGAUGACCCACUUUACAGUGGAUACAGAUCUGCUGUGGAAUCUACAAGCCAAGAGGAUGCUCUGAUGGGAUUUGCUAUCUGGGAGCCACCUCAUGGUCGUUACAAGAUGCUUAGAUAUCCAUGGAAGAACUAUGUAAAAGUCAGUGGUGCACUAAGGCAUUGUGCUUUUACGGUCAUGGCAUUGCAUGGAUGUGUACUUUCUGAGAUACAGGCUCCGGCUGAGCGAAGACAAGUAUUUAGUAGGGAGCUUCAAAGAGUAGGUUACGAAGGUGCUAAAGUGUUAUGUGAACUUGGAAACAAACUGAAAAAGAUGGAGAAAAUAGGUCCAAUAGAUAUACUCAAUGAAGUGCAUGAGGCUGCAGAAGAGUUGCAAAAGAAAAUUGACCAGAAAUCAUAUCUUCUUGUCAAUUCAGAAAGCUGGGAGAUAGGCAAUCGGCCAAAGGAGCUGGCAGAAAUUCAAGACCUCCUGGACUUGGAUGAUGAGGAGAAUAAAUUCCACGAAUACAAAUCCCUUAGUGAAGCGGUACUGGAUCUCAGAUCUUUUCCUGGGUCACAAAGUUGGGAUGAUCCUGUACCAGCGAAAUCUGCCAGCUUGAACACCUCGCCUCCUGAUAGCAACCCCUCCAACCUGCCAGUACCCCCAGGAAAAAUGUUCAUGAAACAGAUCUCGUGGCCUGCAGGAAUGACAUUUAAGGCUCAUGCAGAGCCACAAGUGGAAGAAUCAAAUACCUAUCAAAAUGCUAGUCAAUUGUCAUUGGCCACGUUCACAUCCCUGCUGAUAGAAUUUGUUGCAAGGCUUCAAAAUCUUGUCGACUCGUUUGAGGAAUUGGGUGAGACAGCACUUUUCAAGGAACCUGUUGACUUGCCGGAACCAUUAGAGUCACACGGCGGGUUUUGGACCAGAUUGCUCGACUGUCUUAAGUUAUGAAAUUGAGAUAUGGCUGCCAUUUCACUUUACUGAAAUCUGCCAUCAGUUCCAUUGUAAAGUACAAUGGGGCUGAUUUGUGCUGCUGACAUUACUCAUUGAAGAGGCUGCUUUAGUGUUUGUCAAUGGUGUGCGAUCUCUAUUUCGUUGACAAAGAUAUGGCUAUGCAUUGAUUGGGUCAGACGGAGUAAAACGGGACGAUGAGAAGGGAUAAGACGGAGUACAAGAAGGCUAGAACUUGAUGUUUCAGACUUUCAGGAUAACAAUGAGAGUAAUUUAGUUGUUAGACGCUAUUAUUAUAAGGCUCUCUCAGGCUUCUGGAUUAACUACCAGAUUAGCUUUAACGAUGAUUGUAGUCUGUAGUUGAGAAGUUUAAAGUUCAUUAUGAAUGCAAUAUGCAAUUCCUGUUUCACCCAAACAGAUAUAUCAAGUAUAAACAGGACCAAUUGAUAAUGA